GAAAUACAAUCCUUUAUAUUAUUUAUGAAAAUUGGAAAAAUCGAUACAACUCUUCAUUAGCAGUCUCUGCUAAUUCUAACAAUUUCCAAAAUGGCAAUGGAAGUAGUAAGAUUAAAAUAACAAAGAAUACAUCGGUUACAUCAGCGAAUUACAUCAAUGAAACUAGCAAUCAUACCAAUGAAACCGAUAAUGAUAUCAAUUGA